CAGCCGGACAGGAGCGAUUCCACACCAUUACCACCUCCUAUUACAGAGGGGCCAUGGGAAUCAUGCUGGUCUACGAUAUCACAAAUGCCAAAAGCUUUGAGAACAUCAGCAAGUGGCUCAGAAAUAUUGAUGAGCAUGCCAAUGAAGAUGUGGAGCGGAUGCUGCUAGGAAACAAGUGUGACAUGGAGGACAAGAGGGUGGUGCCCAAAGCAAAGGGAGAGCAGAUUGCUCGGGAGCACGGAAUUAGGUUUUUUGAGACUAGCGCAAAAGCAAACGUAAACAUCGAGAAGGCGUUCCUCACGUUAGCAGAAGACAUACUUCGAAAGGUAAGAUGA